AUGAGCUCUACCGAGAACGCCGUAGUCGAACGAAGCCAUGACCCUGUCGGAGACGCUAUCCUUCCCAGCCUACCAAAGCGAGAGCCUGUCAUUGACCUGGUGGAGCGGGAAAAGCGUCCUGGUGGUGGUGGCUUUGGUCCUCAAAACAGGUCAAUUGAGGAAGUCGAGAAGCGAAAGAAUCGUUUCAAUGGUGUUGGUUUUGGCGACCCUAGAAGGCGUUCAGACAGCUUCGAGACUAGCAUGGAAGAUGACGAAGAUGAAGCUCGCCCCAAAAUUGGAGGCAACAAGAGAGGAUUGCAGCGUCCUGAUAAUGGAGGAGGUGGCUAG